AUGAAUAUGACAGAACAAAAUAAUGACAAUCAAGAACAUCUGUUAGUAUCUUCAUCUACUAUUAACAAUGGUAGUAUUACAAAAACUCGACGUAGUUCAUCUAUACUUACAUUGACAGAACCAGUUCUGUUAGUAACAGCAACAGAAGAAGAUGAUAAUGAUGGUGAAAUAGUAGCUGUAUCAAAAUUAUCUGUUCCGUCUGGUAUUUUAUACAGUAUUUUCGGAUCUUUUUUGUACGUUACAGCCACAUUCAUUAUUAAGCAAUUAAAAAUUGAUCAACUCGAUGCAGUUAUCAUGCGUUAUAUUAUACAAACUUUUCUAUGUGUAAUCUUCGUUAUCCAUCAUCAUUAUGCCGUAUGGAUAGGAUCAUUAAAAGAAAAAUGGUUACAGUUUAUCUUAUGUAUUCUAGCUAGUUGUAUCUUUCUAGGAUAUUUUAUUGGUCUUCGUUAUCUUCCUUUACCUGAUUUGACAACACUCGUUUUUACACGUUUAUUAUGGACGAUUAUCUUUGGUAUACUUCUAUAUAAAGAGAAAUCGACAAUAAUGAUUCUUUUAUCUGUUUGUUUUACAUUUAUCGGUGUUGUUUUCGUAGCACAACCAACGUUUAUUUUUAAACAAGACACUGUAGUAGAGAUUACUUCAAAUAUGACAAGAGUAAUAUUAAAUGAAACGAAUAUACACAAUAUGUAUUCUUUUAACACUCGAGCAAUUGGUAUCUCUCUUGCACUUAUGACAGGUCUUUUAGAAGCAUUUAGCAUGCUAAUUUUUAAACAAUUGAUCAAUUUAAAAAUUGAAUCAAGUGCUUUAAUUCUACAACAAUCUUUUGCCAUUGUCGUAUGUCUGAUAGUCAAUCAAUUGUAUAAAUAUUUUCUUCUAAAUGAUGAAACAUUCUUUACGUUAACAAUUUUUCAAUGGAAAUAUUGGUUAGCUGGGCUAAUUAGUUUAUUACAAUCACUUGGAAUGAUCUGUCGAGUUCGUGCUUUAGGUCGUGAACUACCGUCUAUUAUUACGAUUGUUUCAGCAUCAGAUAUUAUCUUUGCCAUUCUUCUACAGAAUUUAUUUACAAAGAAUAAGUCGAAUUUAUGGGUUUUACUUGGAAGUGCAUUAAUUCUAUUGAGUGUUAUACUUCUUGGUGUACACAAGUUGGCGCAAGAACAAAAAACUAAGAAGAAGAGUUUGAAGAUGGUCAUGAUAUCAAAAACUAAGACGUGA